CGGGUUAGUUUGCGAAUCUCAACGAGGAGGGGUUUGACUCAAGAGAGGCAGGACUGCAGCCUGCUGUACGUUCAAGUCUGGCAGCUUGCAAUGAAAUAGUAGCGGAAUAAUAGCUGUAAAUAUCUGCAGAGAUCCUUGGCAGUGUUACCCCCAGCAAUAAGGUGUAGACGUCUGCGACGCGUACACACCACCCGCCAAGAUGGUGGCCCUUUCACUGAAGAUCUGCGUGCGGCAGUGCAACGUGGUGAAGACCAUGCAGUUCGAGCCCUCCACUGCCGUCUACGACGCCUGCCGGAUCAUCAGGGAGAGGGUUCCAGAAGCUCAGACAGGCCAGGCCUCAGACUAUGGACUGUUCCUCUCGGAUGAUGAUCCGAGGAAAGGAAUAUGGCUGGAAUCUGGGAGAACCCUUGAUUACUACAUGCUUCGGAAUGGGGACAUUCUGGAAUACAAGAAAAAGCAGAGGCCGCAGAAGAUUAAAAUGCUCGAUGGCGCCAUUAAAACCAUCAUGGUGGAUGACUCAAAAACCGUGGGAGAGCUGCUUGUGACCAUAUGCAGUAGAAUAGGCAUUACCAAUUAUGAGGAGUACUCCCUGAUCCAGGAGCUCCCUGAGGAGAAGAAGGAGGAGAGCACAGGGACCCUGAAGAAGGACCGGACUUUGCUGAGAGACGAGCGGAAGAUGGAGAAACUAAAGGCCAAACUUCACACGGACGAUGACUUGAACUGGUUAGACCACGGCCGGACCUUCCGGGAGCAGGGAGUGGAGGAGAGCGAGACACUGCUGCUCAGGCGCAAGUUCUUCUACUCAGACCAGAACGUGGACUCCCGUGACCCGGUCCAGCUCAACCUGCUCUACGUUCAGGCUCGAGACGACAUCCUCAAUGGCUCCCACCCAGUGUCUUUCGAUAAAGCCUGUGAAUUUGGAGGAAUUCAGGCCCAGAUCCAGUUUGGACCGCAUGUUGAACACAAACACAAACCAGGUUUCCUUGACUUGAAGGAAUUUCUGCCCAAAGAGUAUAUCAAGCAGAGGGGGGCAGAGAAGAAGAUAUUUCAGGACCACAGGAACUGUGGGGAAAUGAGUGAGAUCGAAGCCAAAGUGAAAUAUGUCAAACUGGCCCGGUCCCUGCGGACUUACGGCGUGUCUUUCUUCCUGGUGAAGGAAAAAAUGAAGAGUAAGAAUAAGCUAGUCCCACGAUUGCUGGGGAUUACCAAAGAGUCAGUCCUGCGUGUGGAUGAGAAGACCAAAGACGUGGUGCAGGAGUGGCCCCUGACCACAGUGAAGAGAUGGGCAGCCUCACCUAAGAGCUUCACGUUGGAUUUCGGAGAGUACCAGGAGAGCUACUACUCAGUCCAAACCACUGAGGGUGAACAGAUUUCACAGCUCAUUGCAGGAUACAUUGACAUUAUCCUUAAAAAGAAGCAGAGUAAAGACCGUUUUGGUUUGGAAGGUGAUGAAGAAUCAACAAUGCUGGAAGAAUCAGUCUCCCCAAAGAAAUCCACCAUCUUGCAGCAGCAGUUUAACCGUGUGGGUCGGGUGGAGCAUGGAUCCGUGGCUCUGCCAGCUGUAAUGCGUUCGGGCUCUGCUGGGCCAGAGAGCUUCAACAUGGGCUCCAUGCCCUCCGCCCAGCAGCAAGUCACCAUGGGACAGAUGCACAGGGGACACAUGCCCCCUCUGAGCUCUGCCCAGCAGGCUCUCAUGGGCACCAUCAACACAAGCAUGCAGGCUGUCCAACGAGCCCAGGCUGACCUUGGCCAAGUGGACAACCUGCCCCCAUUGGGACAGGACAUGGCAUCCAGGGUGUGGGUGCAGAACAAGGUGGACGAAUCCAAGCAUGAGAUCCACUCCCAGGUGGAUGCCAUCACCGCUGGAACCGCUUCCGUGGUCAACCUGACUGCAGGUGACCCCACGGACACAGACUACACCGCAGUCGGGUGCGCCAUCACCACCAUCUCCUCCAACCUGACGGAGAUGUCCAAGGGUGUGAAGCUGCUUGCGGCCCUGAUGGAGGAUGAGGUGGGCAGCGGGCAGGACCUGAUGAGGGCAGCCAGGACCCUGGCCGGGGCCGUGUCAGACCUGCUGAACGCCGUGGAGCCUGCUUCUGGAGAGCCUCGACAGACAGUGUUGACUGCAGCAGGCAGCAUUGGUCAAGCCAGCGGAGACCUGCUCCGCCAAAUUGGAGAGAACGAGACAGAUGAAAGGUUCCAGGAUAUCUUGAUGAACCUGGCCAAAGCAGUGGCCAACGCGGCAGCCAUGUUGGUUCUGAAGGCCAAGAACGUGGCCCAGGUGGCCGAGGACACGGUUCUGCAGAACAGAGUGAUCGCGGCAGCCACGCAGUGCGCCCUCUCCACCUCACAGCUGGUCGCCUGUGCCAAGGUGGUGAGUCCCACCAUCAGCUCGCCGGUGUGUCAGGAGCAGCUGGUGGAGGCGGGGAAGCUGGUGGACCGCUCGGUGGAGGGCUGUGUGAAGGCCUGCCACUCUGCCACCGAGGACGCCGAGCUGCUGAAGCAGGUGACGGCGGCCGCCAGCGUGGUGAGCCAGGCGCUCAAUGACCUCCUGCAGCACGUCCGCCAUUAUGCCAGCCGCGGGGAGCCCAUCGGCCGCUACGACCAGGCCACCGACACCAUCAUGACCGUCACCGAGAGCAUCUUCAGCUCCAUGGGCGAUGCUGGGGAGAUGGUCCGUCAGGCCAGGGUUCUGGCUCAGGCCACCUCCGACCUGGUGAACGCCAUGCGGUCCGACGCCGAGGCCGAGGUCGACGUGGACAACUCCAAGAAGCUGCUGGCUGCGGCCAAGCUGCUGGCCGACGCCACGGCCAGGAUGGUGGAGGCAGCCAAGGGGGCCGCAGCGUACCCAGAGAACGAGGACCAGCAGCAGAGACUGCGGGAGGCAGCGGAGGGUCUGCGUGUGGCCACCAACGCUGCAGCACAGAACGCCAUCAAGAAGAAACUGGUCAACAGGCUGGAGAACGCUGCGAAGCAGGCUGCCGCUGCAGCCACACAGACCAUCGCAGCGUCCCAGAAUGCAGCAGCCUCCAACAAGAACACCGCCGCUCACCAGCAGCUGGUGCAGAGCUGUAAGGCAGUGGCGGACCACAUCCCACAGCUGGUUCAGGGAGUCCGGGGCAGCCAGGCCCAUCCAGAGGAUCUUAGUGCCCAACUGGCCCUCAUUAUCGCCAGCCAGAGCUUCCUCCAGCCUGGCAGUAAAAUGGUGGCAACAGCGAAGUCUGCAGUUCCGACGGUGACUGACCAAGCAGCCGCCAUGCAGUUGGGCCAGUGUGCCAAGAACCUGGCGACCAGCCUGGCUGAGCUGCGGACUGCAGCCCAGAAGGCCAAUGAAGCAUGUGGCCCAAUGGAAAUAGACUCUGCCCUCACUGCUGUCCAAACACUCAAGAAUGAACUCCAGGAUGCUAAGAUGGCUGCUGUGGAUGGGCAGCUUAAACCUUUACCAGGAGAGUCGCUGGAGAAGUGUGCUCAGGACCUGGGGAGCACCUCCAAGGCUGUGGGUUCCUCUAUGGCUCAGCUGCUCACCUGUGCUGCGCAGGGAAACGAACACUAUACAGGCGUGGCUGCCAGGGAGACAGCCCAGGCACUGAAGACUCUGGCCCAGGCUGCUCGAGGCGUAGCUGCCUCCACCACUGAUCCUCAGUCUGCGGCAGCCAUGUUGGACUCUGCCCGGGACGUCAUGGAGGGCUCUUCCAUGCUCAUUCACGAGGCCAAGCAGGCCCUGGUCUCGCCAGGCGAUGCAGAGAGCCAGCAGAGACUAGCGCAGGUGGCCAAGGCGGUAUCUCACUCCCUGAACAACUGUGUGAACUGCCUACCUGGGCAGAAGGAUGUUGAUAUGGCUUUGAAGAGCAUUGGAGAGGCCAGCAAGAAGCUGCUGGUGGACACACUCCCGCCCUGUACGAAGUCCUUCCAGGAGGCCCAGAGCGACCUGAAUCAAACGGCCGCUGGCCUCAACCACUCCGCUGGGGAGGUGGUCCAUGCAUCCCGGGGCACCAGCAGCCAGCUGGCUGUCGCUUCCGGACAGUUCAGCGAGGACUUUGACGAGUUCCUGGAUGCAGGCAUAGAGAUGGCGGGACACACUCAGUGCAAGGAGGACCAGAUCCAGGUCAUUGGCAACCUAAAGAACAUCUCCAUGGCCUCCAGCAAGCUGCUACUUGCAGCCAAGUCUCUCUCAGUGGAUCCUGGAGCCGCCAAUGCCAAAAGCCUGCUGACUGCUGCAGCCAGAGCGGUGACGGAGAGCAUUAACCAGCUUAUCACACUGUGUACCCAGCAGGCUCCAGGCCAGAAGGAGUGUGACAAUGCUCUGCGUGAGCUCGAGGCGGUGAAGGGAAUGCUGGGUAACACCAGUGAGCCGGUCAGUGACCUUUCCUACUUCGACUGCAUUGAGAGCGUUAUGGAGAACUCCAAGGUUCUUGGAGAGUCCAUGGCUGGAAUCUCUCAAAACUGCAAGACUGGGGAUGUUCCAGCAUUUGGGGACUGUGUGGGCGUGGCCUCCAAGGCCCUUUGCGGGCUGACUGAGGCAGCAGGGCAGGCUUCCUACUUGGUGGGUGUGUCCGACCCGAACAGCCAGGCAGGGCACCAGGGGCUGGUGGACCCCAUUCAGUUUGCUCGGGCCAAUCAGGCCAUUCAGAUGGCCUGUCAGAACCUGGUGGAUCCAGCCAGCAGUCCGUCCCAGGUGCUGUCUGCGGCUACUAUCGUAGCCAAGCACACCUCCGCCUUGUGCAAUGCCUGCCGCCUGGCUUCCUCUAAAACCGCCAACCCAGUGGCCAAGAGACACUUUGUUCAGUCAGCUAAAGAGGUGGCCAACAGCACAGCCAACCUGGUCAAAACCAUAAAGGCUCUUGAUGGCGAUUUCUCGGAGGAGAACCGGGACAAGUGCCGUGUUGCCACUGCGCCUCUCAUCGAAGCCGUGGAGAACCUCACGGCCUUCGCCUCCAACCCAGAGUUCGCCAGCGUUCCUGCUCAGAUUAGUAACGAGGGCUCAGCUGCUCAGGAGCCCAUCUUGCGUUCCGCACGGUCCAUGUUGGACAGCUCCACACACCUGCUGAAGACAGCCCGCUCGCUCAUCAUCAACGCCAAGGACCCACCCACCUGGUCCAUCCUGGCUGGCCACUCCCGUACCGUUUCUGACUCCAUUAAGAGCCUCAUCACUGCCAUCAGGGACAAAGCUCCAGGACAGAGGGAGUGCGACUCCUCCAUCGACAACAUCAACAAAUGUAUCCGGGAUAUCGAGCAGGCCUCCCUGGCAGCUGUUAGCCAGAACCUUCCCACCAGGGAUGACAUUUCACUGGAGGCUUUGCAAGAUCAUUUGACAUCCGUAGUGCAGGAGAUCGGCCAUCUCAUUGACCCCAUCUCGACAGCAGCAAGGGGAGAGGCCGCCCAGCUGGGACACAAGGUGACCCAGCUUGCCGGCUACUUUGAACCCCUUAUCAUGGCAUCUGUGGGCUUGGCCUCCAAAUGCCUUGACCACCAGCAACAAAUGACCGUCAUGGACCAGACCAAGACGCUGGCUGAAUCUGCUCUGCAGAUGCUGUACGCUGCCAAAGAGGGAGGGGGCAACCCAAAGGCGGCCCAUACCCACGAGGCCAUCGCCGAGGCGGCCCAGCUGAUGAAGGAGGCGGUGGACGACAUCAUGGUGACGCUGAACGAGGCGGCCAGCGAAGUGGGCAUGGUGGGAGGGAUGGUGGACUCCAUCGCAGAGGCCAUGGGCAAGUUGGAUGAAGGAACACCCCCAGAACCAGAGGGCUCAUUUGUGGAUUAUCAGACAACAAUGGUGAAGUAUUCAAAGGCCAUCGCUGUCACCGCCCAAGAAAUGAUGACAAAGUCGGUGACCAGCCCAGAUGAACUGGGGGGUUUGGCUUCCCAAGUGACCACAGACUAUGGCCAGCUGGCCCUCCAGGGUCGUUUAGCAGCUGCCACAGCAGAACCAGAGGAGAUCGGCUUCCAGAUAAAGACCCGGGUGCAGGAGCUGGGACAUGGCUGCAUCUUCCUGGUCCAGAAGGCGGGGGCCUUACAGGUCAUCCCCACUGACAGUUAUACCAAGAGGGAGCUCAUCGAGUGUGCCCGGGCUGUCACGGAGAAGGUUUCCCUGGUGCUGUCGGCCCUACAGGCCGGGAACAAGGGCACGCAGGCCUGCAUCACGGCCGCCAGCGCUGUGUCCGGCAUCAUCGCUGACCUGGACACCACCAUCAUGUUCGCCUCGGCUGGUACACUCAACGCGGAGAACGACGAGUCCUUCGCCGACCACAGGGAGAACAUCCUGAAAACGGCCAAAGCCCUGGUGGAGGACACUAAGAUGCUGGUGUCUGGAGCUGCAUCCAGUCAGGAGAAACUGGCCCAGGCUGCUCAGUCAUCUGCGAAGACCAUCACCCAGCUGACCGACGUGGUCAAGCUCGGGGCCGCCAGCAUUGGAUCGGAUGACCCUGAAACGCAGGUGGUUCUGAUUAACGCUGUGAAGGAUGUUGCCAAGGCUCUGGCCGAGCUCAUAGGGGCCACCAAAGGUGCGGCAGGAAAGCCGGCUGAUGACCCCUCCAUGUACCAGCUGAAGAGCGCUGCCAAGGUCAUGGUGACGAAUGUGACGUCGCUCCUGAAGACGGUGAAGGCUGUGGAGGACGAGGCCACUCGCGGCACGAGGGCGCUGGAGGCCACCAUCGAGUGCAUCAAGCAGGAGCUGACGGUGUUCCAGUCCAAAGAUGUUCCGGAGAGUUCCACCACGCCAGAGGAGUUCAUCCGCAUGACAAAGGGCAUCACCACGGCGACGGCCAAAGCGGUGGCAGCGGGGAACUCUGCCCGGCAGGAAGACGUCAUCUCCACGGCCAACCUGAGCCGGAAGGCUAUCGCGGACAUGCUGACCACCUGCAAGCAAGCGGCCUAUCACCAGGAGGUGAAUGAAGACGUGCGGAGCCGAGCGCUGACUUAUGGGGCCGAGUGCACGACCGGCUACAUCCAGCUCCUGGAGCACGUGCUGCUGGUCCUUCAGAAGCCCACGCCGGAGCAGAAGCAGCAGCUGGCCGUGUUCUCCAAGCGCGUGGCGGGCGCCGUCACUGAGCUCAUCCAGGCGGCCGAGGCCAUGAAGGGCACAGAGUGGGUGGAUCCAGAAGACCCCACGGUGAUCGCUGAGACUGAGCUGCUGGGGGCCGCGGCGUCCAUCGAGGCUGCAGCCAAGAAGCUGGAGCAGCUGAAGCCCAGAGCCAAGCCCAAGCAGGCGGACGAGACCCUGGACUUUGAGGAGCAGAUUCUGGAGGCGGCCAAGUCCAUCGCCGCGGCGACCAGUGCCCUGGUGAAGUCAGCAUCUGCCGCACAGAGAGAGCUGGUGGCACAGGGCAAGGUGGGGUCAAUCCCUGCCAACGCUGUGGAUGACGGACAGUGGUCCCAGGGCCUCAUCUCUGCGGCGCGCAUGGUGGCAGCUGCUACCAGUAACCUGUGCGAGGCGGCGAACGCUUCAGUCCAGGGCCAUGCCAGCGAGGAGAAGCUCAUCUCCUCCGCCAAGCAGGUGGCUGCCUCCACCGCCCAGCUCCUGGUGGCCUGCAAGGUCAAAGCUGACCAGGACUCAGAGGCCAUGAGGAGACUGCAGGCUGCUGGGAACGCGGUGAAGCGGGCGUCGGAUAACCUGGUGAGGGCGGCGCAGAAGGCCGCCUUCGACAAGGCGGACGACGACAACGUGGUGGUGAAGACCAAAUUUGUGGGCGGCAUAGCUCAGAUCAUCGCUGCGCAGGAGGAAAUGCUCCGGAAGGAGAGAGAGCUGGAGGAGGCCAGGAAGAAGCUGGCGCAGAUCCGGCAGCAGCAGUACAAGUUCCUGCCCAGCGAGCUGAGAGAGGACGAGAACUGAGCCCGAAUCUGUCACCGGGAGAGGGCCAAGCGUGCGUGCGUCCGAGCGUACGUGCGUGUGUGCACUGCUAGCACCCAUGCUACACUCAUGCAGUGGGAUUAGUUACUCCCUAAACGAGCAUGCAAGCUCCUGAAAACUUGCGCUUAUACCUGAACACAAGUUCACACUUCUACACACCUUCUUUUGUACACAUCCCUACAUUUACAUAUGGCUUGCACACUACACGCGAACACGCACGUGCACACAUGGGUGCAGACGCACACAAAGUCAUGCACAGACGCACGCACAUACGCUCUGUUCAUCUCCUUUUUUUGUCAUUGUGGCUGAGGUGGGGAACUGCUACUUUUGGCCUGUUAUAGAGGCCUGUGUCUCAGCCUUAGUGUUCCAACAGCCUGAGCUCAGAAAGCAUCGGAAUCAAGUAUGGACAGGGUGUCCUGGCCUUAAAGAGCAUCCUUACAUGGUAGGGUAUCCCCAACUUAUCCCUGGGAAAUAAUCCCUGUCGAUACAAUGCAGAAUAUAAAACUAAUGAAUUCAGUAGCAAAAGAAUAUAGACUUAUUGCAUUUUAAAUUACAUUUUUCCUAUCCAAGCUGAGAAAAGCUUGUUUGACUGAGUACGUUUUGGUGUCUGGGCACAGACCCACAUACACUGAUAAUAUCUGACAUGUUACUUUUGUGCCACAUUAAUAGAAGGGAUAUGAAUUUAUGUCAUUUUCUGGAUUUAGUUAGGACUCUUGCAGUUAGUUUAAAGUCCUGGAUUUCUCUAUAGACCUGGAACUCACUCUGCUGUACUAAGCGCAGUGCAAAUCUGUGAUUGCAAAGUGCUGUUCCUUUGCUAGUUUGUGUGGAUAUUUCAAGAUGUAAUUACUGCACCACAAUCAGUAGCUUCAAAAAGGUACCACAUUAAACCUUGUGACUCUCUUUAUUUCUAUUUGUUAAAACACAUUGCAGACCACAAACGCAUCUCUGUGCAUUGGAGGGAACUGUAUUAUCAUCUACCUAUAAGCUUGAGCCAUUUCAGUGGGCUCGUUACUAUUAACGACGUAUAAUCACUUUUUGUCUGGAUGUUGAACCCCUGUGAAUGUUUAGCUUUCUUAGUCGUUAUGGGUUGAAACAUUAAUUCACUGUAUUUCACUGGAGGAACCAAAAUUUUGCAAAGCUCUUGGGCUUUGAGCACAUUUUUCCACAAAACAUCUGCUCUCUGUCGUAUUUUCACAGUACCUUGACAGUCCUAAUGAUGCUCUCACGGUGUGUCCUAGACUAAUUUUUUAUUUUCCACAACCUGCUGCCUGCAUUGAGCCAUAUAUUAUGUGCGGUUUUGACCAAUCUGCACAAUGCAGCAUAGCGACUGGGACAAUAAAUGUGUAACAGUGACUUAUUGGGGUUGCAGGUGUUGGUCUAAGGCUUUUAGACCCUGUAGGAAAGGACACAAAAAGCCUUGCUCCCUGUUGCCUCACGCUCUACUAGCACUGCAUAUCGAGAAGGCUAAAACUUCUGCAGUUCAUUAUGAAUGAAUGCAAAUAAUAUAGGAGGCAAGAAAACUACAGAAUGUGUCCUGUGAAAUACUUAGCUUUGCCAUGCCUGGUGAAAAUGAACGUCUCUCUAAUGAGGGGAAAACGAGACCAAGUUGUAGCUUCAGAAUAUACCCUAGUCUGCCCCCCCUCCCCCACUAAAUCAUGAAUAAAAGCAAAAAUACAAAUAACAAUUCAGGAUUUCACAACACUGCUUCACAGUGCCCAUGUCCAUGAAUUUAAAGGGCUGCAAAUGGCUCAUCUUCAAAAUCUCUAUUUACUUCUUUUUUUUUUAAUGAUCUGUAUAUUUAAUUGUUCCCAUACAAUAAUAGUAAGUGUAAUUGAAUAGUGUACCUACAAAAGCUGGCUCAUUUUACCUAUGAUUUCAUUUGAACCUCUUAAUUUGGUGUGUGCACAGAUAUUGACUGCGAACAUGUUAUUUUAAUUCUGUUAGCAGUGACAUGCAGAUUUUCUGCAUCAUUGUGGCAAAUCUAGAAUGCCAACUGGUGCUUGUUGGACUGAUAUUCCUUCUAGAAGUGAAUGGGUAGACUAUGCGACUUGCAUUUUGCUUCCAUGCUCAUUGGCUUUUCCUCCAUCUCCAUUAAAGGUACUAAAUUGACUUUUGAGAGUCAACAUUGAUAAACAGUGCUAGCAACUCAAUGGAAGGGCUAGCCUGAGUCCUACUCUCCUACAUGACUUGACAUAAUGAAUGCCUGUGCAUUUGCGUGCCUUCAUGUCCAGUAAAGGGAAUAGCCAUUAAUAGCAGCUUUUGGUGGCAGGCUCUACCUGUUAAAUGGAAAUAUUUCCAGGUCUGGGGUCGAGUAAUUGCGUAAGUGAGGAGACAAGUUGACGGCCUUGUUUACAGCUCGUAGGCUGCCUCAGCAGUGCACUAUCAAAGUUCAUGUGACAUAAGGCUAUGUGUCUCCUGUUCAUAAGCUUUCAUGGACUAAUACAUGGAUGACACCUCUUACGUUGAGCAUUGCAGAUGCUGUAGGAUGCACUGAUGUUUUUUUGUUUCUUUUAAACUGACACUCUGCGCACACACAGUGAAUAUUACCAUCUGUUUGGAGCUACCCUGUCUAUGCUUUUUCAUAUGUUGUGUGUUGAGAGCGUGUGUAUGUAUCCAACCUUUUGAUGAUUAAGCUUAUUAUCUCUACGCAGUGAGACUAUUGGCUUUAUUACACUUGGUCUAUUUUUUUGGAACACAUUUGUCUGUGUCCAUGUAACCUCCCACCUUCACCAUCUCAGUUUUUGGUCCAAUCUGGUCUGUGUAGAAUAUUAGUGCCUUAGUCUUUUGCCCACUGAGCAUCCGGUCUGAAGUAAUUUGCCCCUCUCCACAAUGGGGUAAAUGUAUCCAUGUCUCUUUUCUCGCAUACGAUACCUCUAUUUUCAUCUAAAAACUCCAAUGUUUCCAAGUCAUUCUGUUAGAAUUACCUGGUGGGUGCGUCUAUGGCCCUCUGCUAUACAUGUACCAUGGCCUGGUGGGCACAAUCAUGCUUCUGUACUUUGCUUGUAGCAUUGCCUUGUGGGUAUCCCCAUGGUCCUUUAAUUCACAUGUCGCAUUGCCCUAAUGGGCAGUGAUGUAUCAUUCAGUUAAGACAUGGUGUAUAAAAACGACUAUAUGAAACACAUUUUGUACUGCAUUCCAUGAGCCUGUGCCAAGAUGCUAUUGAACUAAUGACAGAUCAGAUGUUAUUCUGUCUCAGAAUUAAUGUAUGUUAAACGUAUAUCUCAGAGAUGGGACUGAUUGAUUUUAUCAGUUUUCUUUAAGCCACUAUGAAUGGAGAUUUUUUUCUAAAUGAUAAAUAAUGAAGAUUAAAGUCUGUUGUUGACACUGUUUAGUGUGAUGUAUUGCGGAAAAAAAAAUGUGUACCUUUGUUUGAAUUGAAAUGUGUGUUUUCCCUUAACAGACUAAAGUAGUUAGGUGAGAAUGAUACAGUUACAGACAUGAAGUGAAGCUGUAUGUAUGCUAUUUAUCUAGCCACUCAAAUGCACAUACAAGCAAGAAUAAAAAAUAUUUUUUGUAUUCACUGAAAAUAAAGGAUUUCA